AUGGAACAGGAAAAUCACACACAGUUUUCAGGAUUUCUUCUCCUUGGACUGUCAGAUGAGGCAGAGUUGCAGCCUCUCCUCUUUUGGCUUUUCCUCUCCAUGUACCUGAUAACCAUUUCUGGAAACCUGCUCAUCAUGCUGACCACCAUCUAUGACUCCCACCUCCACACACCCAUGUACUUCUUCCUCUCCAAUCUGUCUUUUUCAGACAUCUGUUUCACCUCUACCACCAUCCCAAAGAUGCUGCUGAAUCUCUACAUCCAGAACAAAGGCAUCACCUAUGAAGGCUGCCUCACUCAGCUGUAUUUUUUUAUCCUUUUUGCAGAACUGGACAUUUUCCUCCUUUCUGCAAUGGCCUAUGACCGAUUCGUAGCUAUCUGCCAUCCACUGCACUACACAACCAAGAUGAACCCCCAGCUCUGUGUCUUGCUAUUGCUGGCAUCUUGGAUAUUGAGUGUCCUGGACUCUUUGCUACGUGGUUUGCUGGUGUUUCGGCUGUCCUUUUGCACUGACUUGGAGAUCCCCCAUUUCUUCUGUGAAAUCAAUCAGGUUAUUCAACUUGCCUGUUCUGACAAUCUUCUCAAUAUCAUAGAGAUGUAUUUUGCCACUGUGCUCAUGGGCAUUAUUCCCCUCUCUGGUAUUGUUGUUUCUUAUUCUCGGAUUGUCUCCUCCGUACUGAGGAUUACAUCAGCAAGAGGGAAGUACAAGGCAUUUUCCACCUGUGGGUCUCAUCUUUCAGUUGUUUGCUUAUUUUAUGGCACAGGUCUUGGGGUGUACCUCAGCUCUGCCACUACCCAAAAUUCCAGAACCAGUGCAAUAGCCUCUGUGAUGUACACUGUGGUCACGCCAAUGCUGAAUCCAUUUAUUUACUCUCUAAGGAACAAGGACAUAAAAGGGGCUCUGAAAAGUCUUGUCAGCACUGUCACUUUCAAUGAGUGA